CAAUAAAAAUAUUUUGUUCCUCUUUGUUCAAUGAAAUUUUUUGGGUUACCUCUGUUUAUUCUCUUAUCGUUACCGUAUCUCCUUCAAGCCAAUCUCUCGUCUGAUUAUUACAGCAAAACAUGUCCUGAGUUCGAGCAAACACUCGUCCAAAUCGUAACCGAUAAACAAAUCGCUGCUCCGACAACAGCCGCAGGAACGCUCCGUCUCUUUUUCCACGAUUGCAUGGUCGAUGGCUGCGACGCAUCGAUCCUCGUCGCUUCAACUCCACGUAAAACCUCUGAACGUGACGCUGACAUCAACCGCUCUCUCCCUGGAGAUGCAUUUGAAGUAAUCACACGUGUCAAAACCGCCCUCGAGCUGAAAUGUCCCAACGUCGUUUCUUGCUCGGAUAUUCUCGUCGGUGCAACACGUAGCUUGAUCACAAUGGUCGGAGGUCCAAAGGUUAACGUCAAGUUCGGUCGGAAAGAUAGUCUUGUCUCGGAUAUGAACCGCGUUGAAGGAAAGCUAGCUCGUCCUAACAUGACUAUGGAUCAUAUCAUUUCGAUUUUUGAGUCUAGUGGUUUGACCGUUCAAGAGAUGGUUGCUCUUGUUGGUGCUCACACGAUUGGUUUCUCUCAUUGCAAAGAGUUCGCGAGUCGGAUCUUUAACAAGUCCGGUGAACACGGUCCUGUGGGGAUGAAUCCUAAAUACGCGGCUGAGCUGAGGAAGCUGUGUGCGAAUUACACCAAGGACGAAGAGAUGUCUGCGUUUAACGACGUGUUCACCCCUGGGAAAUUUGAUAAUAUGUAUUACAAGAAUUUGAAGCAUGGCUACGGGCUGCUACAGUCGGAUCACGCGAUUGCGUUUGAUAACAGGACGCGGUCGUUGGUGGAUCUUUACGCGGAGAACGAAACCGCGUUUUUUGAUGCGUUUGCGAAGGCGAUGGAGAAAGUUAGUGAGAAAAAUGUGAAGACGGGGAAGCUUGGUGAAGUAAGAAGACGGUGUGAUCAAUACAAUGACUACAAGGGUUAAAUUAGGACGACACACUUUCAAAAAAAAGCUUUCAUGUUAUUUUUGGUAGUUCAUGAUUUUAUUUUCUCACCAAGUGGUCUUGUGAUUGUUGAGUUGCUAACGUUUAUAAAAUUUUUGAAAUGUAUCGAUCACUCCUUGGUGGGAGAACAAAAUCUUUCGUCAUAUUUUUCGUGCCAUUGAAAAUGUUGUUUCUAAACUUUUGUAUGUGAAUUUAUCAAAAGUCAAAUGUGAUCUGUGUAACAAAAUUU